AUGAUGGACAAAGAAGUGAAAUUGGAUCUGCCGGACAAUCUGAUCACCAAAAGCACUAUCAAAUCUGCAUUUUUACUUGACGAUGAUGCAGUUAUUUCAUUGUCGUAUGGAUUGGAUGAUCAUCAAAAAUAUUGUCGAGUGAAUGAAGCUGGCACGACGUUUUUGCUUCCGGAUGGAUGGCCCGCUAUCCAGUUUUUCGUUGACUCGAAUAAGGCACCUUCGCGACCGGAAACUCCUGCUGAUAUCGAAGCACAAUUUUCGGACUACAAACGGGAUCGACCUGAAUCGCCCUACGUUAUUGAUGAGAAACUGGCGAGCGAACUUUUGCAACCGGCUCUUCUUUGCUCCUCGAGCUUAACCUUGUUUACUUUUAGUGAU